UUCUAGUUACCUCCCACCAUUACACUUGCUUACUGCUGACUGCCAGUAACAGCCUCCAAGAAAGAGAAACUUUAGUUUCAUCUUCCCCAGAGCCUCUUUGUGCAGGGCUCCAGAUAACAAGGAAGAAGGCACUGGCAGAGGCUGCUCAUCAGAAGAAGAGCAACUAGGAAUGGCUGUCCCAACCGUUGUGACGAUCCAGCCACAGUACGGCAUGGCCGUGCCCACUGCCUCAAGAAACAUAUGGCAGACAGGGCUGAUGGACUGCUGCUCGGACUGUGGCGUGUUCUGCUGCGGGUUAUUCUGCUUCCCCUGCCUGGCGUGCCAACUCGCUGGGGACAUGAAUGAGUGCUGCCUGUGUGGGACUAGCGUGGCCAUGAGGACCCUCUACCGCACCAGAUACAACAUCCCGGGGUCCAUUUGCUCUGACUACUGUGUCAGUAUGUGGUGCCUCAUGUGCUCUGUUUGCCAAAUGAAGAGAGACAUCAACCGGAGGAAGGAGCUGGGCAUAUUCUGAUGUUGCCGUCCUCACUACACCCUGCAGAGCUGCUGUGGGCAGGAGUCUCCAGUGCCUUGGGCUGUUGGGAAAUGCACCAUGGAGGGGUUGUCUUGAUUGUGAUUAAUUCCCCCUUUGCUGGGCAACGCCACCAAUAAACAGCAGAGUUUGUCUUCCU